UGUGUCCUGCCUGUUUGCUUUAUGCCCGGCUAUGGGGUCUCAAUACUUCCCUGCACGAUCCGUGCUUUUCCAAAAGGAGCCGAGUGGAGUGACAUACCGUGUGCCUGCUUUGAUCUACAUACCUCGUUCCAGCUGUUUCUUGGCAUUCUGUGAGGAGAGACUGACUCCGGCAGACGCUCAAGCACAUCUGCUGGUCAUGCGCAAAGGCACUUUUUAUAAAAACUAUGUGGAAUGGAAAGACAUGGAGGUGUUGAGUACAGCUCGACUGGAGGGCUACCGCUCAAUGAAUCCCUGCCCCAUUUACGAUGAGUUUACUGGCACAGUCUUCUUGUUUUUCAUUGCUGUUCUGGGUCACACCUCUGAGUCUUACCAGUUAAUUACAGGAAAGAACGUGACACGCCUUUGCUAUGUGUCCAGCAGUGACCAGGGGGGCACCUGGAGCUCCGUUACAGACCUUACCAGGACGCUCAUAGGGAACACCAUUAAAGAGUGGGCCACUUUUGCUGUGGGUCCAGGCCAUGGAACCCAAUUAAAAUCUGGAAGGCUAAUAAUCCCUGCUUAUGCCUACCAUAUAGACUGCAGAAAUUGUUUUGGCAGGAAGUGCAAGACUUCGGCACACUCGUUUUGUUUUUAUAGUGACACACAUGGCAAUGUGUGGCAUUUUGGAGAGGCGUUGUCUGCGCCCGAGAGUGUGGAGUGUCAGAUGGUGUCAGUAGAUGAGGAAAAUGGAGUCAACAUUUUGUACUGCAAUGCCCGGAGUGUAUCAGGUUGCCGGGUGCAGGCUGUUAGCUUUGAUAAUGGGGCUGUUUUUCACGAUGGACAGCUAGUGCAUAAACUAGUGGAGCCAAAGAAUGGGUGCCAUGGCAGUGUGAUUGGAUUUCCGGCCCCAGUCUAUCAGCUCGGGCAAUCCCAACACUUUCUGAGACAGCUGAGGUCCAUCUUCUCCCCAGUUGCAGUCAGCAUAUCCCCACUGAACUUCCUUCCACCAACAUGGGUGGUAUACACUCACCCCACCUGCUCAAAGACCCGUCGUGACCUGGGAGUUUACCUCAGUCUUCUGCCUCGAGAUCCAGACAGUUGGUCAGUGCCUUGGAUCAUAUAUAAAGGCCCUAGUGCAUAUUCAGACUUGGCCUAUGUGGAGCUGACAUCUACUGAUGCCCCAUCGGUCCCUGUCUUUGCCUGCCUUUUUGAGAACGGCACAAAGACGGCGUAUGAUGAGAUUUCCUUCUGCAUCUUCACUCUGUAUGAGCUAAUAGACCACCUUCCCCACAGAAACAGAAAAAGAAAAGGGCUCAAAAAGAGGAAAGGAUUGUGGGAGUGUUGCUUUGUCUGCUGA